CAUAUGUCUAUCAUUUAUAACAUAUUUUUCUAAUUUAUUUAAUAGGAUAAAUGAGUACUCCAAAGUUCAAAUUUAGUGAUACGUUUACACCUUUUUUUGGCCAAUUAUUUAAAAUUAAUUAAGAAUAGUUUUUUUGCAAUUGUGCCUAGGUUCCUACAAUCCAAAGCCUGCUUUGUGUGUGGGUAAUAACCGGAAACAAAGGACAAAUUCAAUAGUCUCCAUAUCUAAGAUUAUGAGGUAUUGAAGGUACUUUAGUAUCAAUUUUAUGCUUAGUCAUGAAUUUUAGUAGUAAUGUCAUGUCUCACUAUGUUCUAAUUAUAGUCCAGCAAAUUUCCCCAACACAUUUGAAAACUGUAAACUAUAUCAACUGUAUUUCAGUAUAAGAUGUUAAGAACUAUACAAAUAGCUAUAUUUAUAGCAAAAAUUAGAGCACUAGGGUUACUAUACAAGAUGGGCUAAGCCCAAUACAACUAGGGUUUCAACACCCCCCUCAAACUAGAGCAUAUAAAUUAUAUGCACCAAGUUUUUUACAAAUAUAUUGCAUCCUAGGUCCUCUAAGAGACUUGAUUAAAACAUUUGCAAGCUGAUCUAUUGUUUUGACAUAAAGAGUACGUAGUAAUAUGUCCAUUUGUGAUUUUUUUCUCUCAAAUAAAGUGUCAAUCAACUUAAAUGUGUUUAGUCCUCUCAUGAUACACUGGAUUGGAAGCAAUGUGCAUUGCAGCUUGAUUAUAACACCCAGAGUGGCGUCGAGCUAUGUUAGCUGAAAUGGAGGCCUUACAUUCUAGUGGGACAUGGGACUUAGUUCCCCUUCCUAUUGGGAAAUCAGUUGUUGGGUGCCACUGGAUAUACACAGUAAAAGUAGGAUCAGAUGAACACAUUGAUCGCCUUAAAGCACGCCUGGUUGCAAAGGGGUAAUGAUGACCAAGGAGUUGCCCAACUCAAGGAAUAUCUUUUUAGCAAAUUUCAAACAAAAGACUUGGGAAAACUAAAGUACUUUCUUGGUAUUGAGGUUGCCCAAUCAAGAAAUGGAAUUGUGCUCUCACGGAGGAAAUAUGCAUUGGAUAUUCUUCAGGAAGCAGAUAUGCUGGAUUGUAGGCCAGUGGAUACACCAAUGGAUCCAAACGUCAAACUCGUGUCAGAACAAGGUGACCUCCUGCCCAAUAAAGAGAGAUAUAGAAGGCUUAUUGAAAAAUUGAACUAUCUUACCAUCACAAGACCAUAUAUUUCAUUUGCUGUCAGUGUGCUUAGUCAAUUCCUUGUUAAAUCAUGUGAUGGACAUUGGGACGCAGCUAUCCGAGUCUUGAGAUACAUCAAGAAAACUCCAGGACAAGGGUUACUCUUUGAAGAUCGAGAGCACCAUGACAUUGUUGGAUAUUGUGAUGCAGAUUGGGCUGGAUGUCCAAUGGAUAGACGUUCUACUUUUGGAUAUUGCAUUUUGAUUGGUGGAAAUUUGAUUUCUUGGAAAAGUAAUUAAGAAACAUGAUGUGGUUGCGAGGUCUAGUGCUAAAGCAGAAUAUCGUGGAAUGGCCCUUAACUGCACGUGAGAUAUUAUGGUUGAAGCAUCUCCUCCAAGAAUUAAAAUACGGAAUCAUGAAACCCGUCAAGCUAAUGUGUGAUAAUCAAGCUGCAAUGUGUAUUGCUUCCAAUCUAGUGUAUCAUGAGAGGAUUGAAGUUGAUUGUCACUUUAUUCGAGAAAAAAAUCACAAAUGGACAUAUAACUACUCAUUAUGUCAAAACAACAGAUCAACUUGCAGAUGUUUUAACCAAGUCUCUCAGAGGACCUAGGAUGCAAUAUAUUUGUAACAAACUUGGUGCAUAUAACAAAAAUCACACUUUGGGCGAUUACGCCGUGGAUAUCCUUUUUUAUUUCCCCCAUCAUACCCUGAACCUUGAGAUGCAAGUGUGAUAGAAUCACUUGAGGAUGUGUCAGCAGAUAUUGGGGUGGCUCGAAGAAUUAUGGCAAAGGCUUCAAACAUUGUAGGAACAGAAGAAUUAGAGAGAAUUUGCUCACGUAUUGAUAACAACUCUGGGCGAAGACUUGCUAAGGUUAAAACCAUAACAAGUUGUUGUCUUUGCUCGAGUUAUUUCUCCUUAUCUUCAGUGAUAGGUUGAAUAUUAUUAUAUUCAAACAGUAAUGCCUCAGCCCAUCCUAGAAACUCUUGAAUGUACAAAUCUUGUUGUUUGAGCAUAGCAAUUUUGGAACCAAAGGAAAACAAAUUUUGGAUG